GCUAGAGCCUUGUACCGAGGUCUAUUGUUUUAGGCUGAAUUUUAAUAUAUCGAAAUUGGUCUAUUAUUUGGCACCAAAAAAAAUUUAAGAAAUUUACCACACGCUUGUUGGAAGUGAGAUUGGGUAGCCUGUGGUCCAUGUUGAGAUUGACAUUUUGUGCCUCAAUUACCUACCAAAAGAAACCCAUUCGAUUUACGUCCCAGAACUUGUAUUAGCGCGCCACUGCAUGAUGUAACACUUCUAACAACCAAAGCAAAAAGACAUACACAGAGCUACAGUACGCGUAGUAAUACGAGCCAGCGUUUUUAGACAAUUUUUCAGCGGGCGACUUCCUCGAAAAUAGAAUGCGACACGCAUUUCCAACAUGGCGGUCUAUUUCUAGCGGAGAACUGUGUCUUUUCACAUGUAAAUAUAAGCAUCUUUACAUCACAUUUCAAGAGCUUUGCCGGUGUAGUGACUUAAAAGAGUUCCUGAUAUCUCUCUUUCGGGAAAUUAUGCGCCGCAGAUGGUCAAAGUGAGCGUGUGAAUUAGUAUCGGCCGUCGCGUAAUAGCUGUGUUUGAAUUCACUUAUCGUCGCAUGGAUGUCCGCCACGGUCGAUUCUAUUGUUCGUUCUAUGUCACGUUGUGAGAUUCUUCGAGCCUUUGCUUCUACGCUCGAUUAAGAAGAUAACAACUGUUCAUGGAUUAUCAUGAGUGAAACAAGCGCCAGCGAACAAGCUAUUAAUGGGUCCAAGUGCAUUGAAAUUCCACGAGGUUGGAGCCGAAUACUUGAAAAUGGUGCCAUUUUAUACAUCAGCCCAAACAACAGUCGACUAAGGUCGCUGGAUCAUGUGAUUGAGUAUCUCAAGACUGAGGGGACAUGUAAAUGUGGGCUGGAAUGCCCCCUCUUUAUUUACAAAGUGUUCAACUUUGAUGCAAGAAUACCAAGCAAGUUAAUUCCAGUCAACAGCAGGCAAGAACCUUCACAAUCAGGAUGCAAACACUACACUUUAGACUAUUUAGACGUUCAGCAGCCGUCAGAGAUUGCGGUAAAGCAACCUAAUGAUGUCAAAUUGCCGCCAUUUUCAACACUGGCCCAAAAAAGAGGCCCAGGAAGACCACGAAAUCCCUUGGCCAAGUCACGGAGGGUUAGUGUUCGGAAACCUGAUGUUGACCGGCCAACGUCCCCUCUUCACAACAUCCCAUUGCCUGUACCAAGCUCCAUCGUCAACAGUCCUGUACAGAGUGUACCAACCAACAUUGCUGUUGAACAGGGGCCACUACCAAGUUUUGCGACUAUUGUUAGCAGUUCUAAACUCUUUAACCCUGGAGCAGGUCUAGGGAGCACUUUGUUGACAAGUAGCACUGUAACAAGUGCAGUAAACAGCUCUCCUUCAACGGCAACGGCAACGACAUCACAGUUAUCAAAGACAAUCACUGUCACAAGCACCAUUGCUGUUAGUUCGUCAGCUUCUUUUAAUAGCCUAGCAUCUACAGGGCAGGUAGUGACAGAGGCUUCAAAACCUACAGCUUCUGUUACAAGCACAGCAACUGUCAGCUUACAGCCUACAGCAAUGAUUUCAGUGACUUUACCAUCAAAAAAUCCACCAGGAGGUACUUUUACAAAAUGUCCAAGUACAUCAAGUGUCUGCACAACAAGUGAUUCAUUGACCACUUCAGCACCAAGCAAGAAUGACCCUAUCAAGGAGACAAUAAGUGUUUCAAGUUCUACAACGUCAGUAGUGUCGACAAGUAUUACAACAAUCCCAAUCACAAAGCAAGAUGUGAGGUCAGUUCCCAAUGUAGGCAAGCUUCCGAGUGUCAAAAUGAGCCCUAAAGCGGCUGCACCUCGCCACAGCAAACCAACAAAGUCUUAUGGACCCAGGAAAACUGUUGCAGCCACUCUCAAAGCAGCUGCUGCUUCAAAAGUGCCGGCUGUAUCAUCAGAAGCAACAAGGGCAGGACUUGAUAGUCCUCUUCAAAGAACGCAGGUUGUAGCAACCACUGCAGCUGUUGCUUCCUCCAUGAAAGGUACAGCCAACAGUGCCAGCAAACCUUCAUCUCAAGUGCUACCUACACCAUUUGUCUCAACCACUGUACAAGCACCCGCAUUAUUCCACAGUGUGCUGAAAGACCCAAUCAUAAAGGAAGAGGGGCGUGCUGUUUCUUCGCCGAGCACCACUGUACCAGGUACUAAUACAGUGCAUGCCACACCCAGUCACACAAGGGGAACUCAACCAGUUAGUAGUGCUGCUGCCCGUAGUAAGUCAGCAGUGAGCAAAGAAAUCACGCAGGCUGCAGCAGUGUUGGCUCCAAGUGUUAAGACAAGCCAUGCAACACCAACUGUACCACAGCAUGUAUCAGCUCACAGAACUCAGCCACCAGUGACAGGAUACUCUCUUGGGAAUACAGCAAGUGGUCUCUGUGGUCAAGUUUCCAUGCCUAGUAGUACCAGUCAACAGCAGAUUGUCCAGGCUGCCUCCGUGGCUCAAAGUCCAGCUCAGAUACCAUCGUCAGUGAGUGCUUACGGACAGGUGCAAAAUACAGUUGGGUCCUCACAAGUACCAUCUCUGCAGAUCGCAACUUCCCAAGCACAAGGAGGUGUCUUCUUUCAAGGAAAUGGAAAUCAAGUAUUUCAGAUGAAUGUGGACUCCAGCCAGUUGAAGGGAGCAUAUCAGCUUCAUGGUGCAUUAUACCAGGGGGCCAUCCCGGCAACGUUCAUUGCCACAGCUAAUGCAAACAAGGCUGCAUCACCUAAUACUCCAGGGGUGGUCCCUCAAGCUAUGUACCCUACCAACCCAUACAUGCUUGGUAUUGUGAUGCCUACAGCAAUAACCCAGGCAAACCAGUCAGGCCAACCGGUGCCAACAACAGCAACAUCUCCAUCGGCAACAGCUGCUGCGGCCGCUGCUGCUAUUCCAGUGGCUUCAUAUUCCUACAACAAUCAAAAUGCUGCCAUUGCAGCUGCUUUUGAUUCAUUUGUACCUAUCGCUCCAGCUGCAUCCCCAAGGUUUUCCCAAACAUUGGCUCAUUUGGCGAGUGCUUACACCCCGUUUCUGCCAAGGGUCACUGUUCCAGCAAAUGCCCCUGUACAAUUUGCUGCACAGAGGAUGGUGCCAAUGACUGCCAUACAGUCACAAACAGGUGGAAGUGGACAAAUGGGACCGACGGUAUUAAACCUUGGAGACUAUGCUGUCAAAUACCCAAUAAACACUGUAAAACCUGGCUCAUACAAUUCUCAACCCUCCACUUCAAGUAACGCUGGACCAGCUAACACCCAUCCUCAGACAGCUGUUGUUGCUGCAAUGCCAUAUGUCGCAUUUGGUCAAAUCAACCAUCCCCGAUUUCCAUUUUCUGUGAAUUUUGCAGCUCCUAGUGUAAGUACAGGUCCUUCUGUUACAUCGUCCUCACCAUCACCAGCUUGCAGUCUUGUUACAUCUGCAACUACGCCUCACCAAUAUGGGGCUGGUACUAACACAGAUUCCCAUGCUGCAAGUGCUGUCCUGGGGUAUGUUACAAUGCCAUUCAAUACCAACCACACAGGCACAGGUCACUCUUUGUCCACCCCUAGCCCCCACCCUGGAAGUGCCUUUUCACCUCCUUCUAGCCAUGGCAUUGCUAGUCAUGGUAAUCAAAAGAUGGAUGUACCAGGCCCGGCCCAUCACCUGCCACCUUGGGUUGCAACCAAGAGUUUACCUGGAGCAACUAAUAAACGAAGAUGCAGCACCCCAGAUAACAGCAGCUCAGGGUGCUGCAGUGUACAAAAUUCGUGUGCAUCAUUUUCUGUGUCGUCCAGUAGAAGCAGUUGUAUGGAAGUCAGUGCAUCGUCUGCGACUGCUUUGAGAACAUCAAGCUCAAGUAGCAGUCAUUCACCUAGACAUGCAAGUGUAACAUCCCCCCUGAACUCACCAUUACCAAUGCCCAGCCAGGGGCUUUCUGGAUGCCGCGGGUCACCGAAGGGUGAUUCACCACUGGCAAGUAAUAAAGGCAGUGUAGACAGCAUGCCUUCUCGUGUUCAAUCGUUUAAUGCAGUUGAAAGCCAUCCGGUGAAAACAUCAUCUGAAAUGGCUUGUACACUAAAGAGAACUUACAGUGAUAACAAUGAGCAAACUAAAAAGACAAAGUACAAUGAGUCGGCAUAUUAUGAAACUAAUCCUCUUCUAGGGCUGAAAAGGUCUUGUGAAGCCAUAGAAGCAUAUUGCAGCCCAGAGCGAGAUGAUGAUGAUGAUGAUGAUGACGAGGAAGAUUCUAUUGAUGAUCCUGCGGUGUUAAAAAACGAGGGAUCCUCCCCUGAAAACAACCAGUCAGGGGAAGGGAUUUCAAACAGCAAAAAAUGUAGCAACUUAAACAGUUGUAAUGAGAGUGAUGACCGACGUAGAGGAAACCCCAAGUCCAGAGAUGAGCGAUCUGUCUCCGGUGAGAAUGAGCCAAUCAGUAACAAGCGCCAGUCUCACUCGCUUUAUAAUGGAGAUGUGUCGCCAAAUCAAAAUGAGCCCGCACGCGUGCAAAUGGUCAACCAGAGCGCAUAUCUACCACUCAAAACAAAUCCCGUAACAUCCAACACGGCUAAUAACCAGGAAUGUCUUAACGAGCCGCCCGUGUCCAUCGCAAGACCUCAGUUUGAUAUCGGUGAUAUUGUUUGGGCGCAGGCCCGUGGCCUGCCUUCAUGGCCUGGUAAAGUGGUGGAUGCAAGCGAGGUUGGAAAGGCGAGACCCGAUGACGGAAAGCGUUGGGUGAUGUGGUUUGGUGAUCAUACAUUCAGUCAAGUUGAAGUGGACAGACUCAAAACACUCUCUGAUGGACUGAGAACACUCGACGAUAAAGCUCGCAAGAAAAAAUACAAAGCGAAGAAGGUAAGGAUUGGCUUGGAGCAGGCCAUCAGUGAGGCUUUGGAAGCUCUCGAAUUGAGAGAGCGACUUCGAGGGAGACAGGCGGCCAGAUCAAAAGCCAAGAAGAAACGCAUUAGAUGACGUCGCAACUGAGAACUGAAUGUCAGUCGUGUACUCUUUGAUGUGGCCUGCCAGAUACCCUGGGGGAAUUUGUGGUUAUACAAUAUAGAUGUAGUAAUAUAUUGCUAUAAAUACUAAGUAAAAUAGAAAGUUAUAGGGUAUCCUGUAAGUAUUUUCAGACAAAUUACUUUUUAUCUAGCCAUUUUUCAGGGAGAGGAUGGUAACUGCUCUUCUCUUAGUUGAAUUUCUGUGAUUUACAGAAAUUUAGCUCUUUUUAUCACUGUAAAAAUCGCCAGCAAAGUUAAAGUUAUCACAGAACCAUUCACUACUGCCCCUAAGGUAGAACUAACCAAUCAGCUCGAAACAGGAAAAUCUUUCCGCCGUCAAGAGCGGGAAAACGUGUAACCGGCGAAAAACUCGGGAAAAUCCAGUGAGCCAAAAUAUUGUUUCGCUCCUGAUUGGCUGAGAAGAUGACGUGUUCGCUCUGAUUGGUUAAAUGAUGCUGCACGAGGUUCUUGAACCAGGCACGAAGCUGAGUAAACGAAAGAAGCAAGUUUUUUAUCGGAUUACUUCAAGGUCUAGAAAACCAGGCUCUCUGCAUGACUGGUGGCUCGGCGAGCAGUCAUUAGGAAGGUUGAUAGGGUGCGAGGAAAGCCUUUUAAGCAAAUAUAGACUUGUAUCACUACUUUCUUACGUUUAGUCGACAUAUUUUUCCAUCAUCAACUGGCACACCUGAAGUUUGGUUCUUUUUCUUCUCCAUGCCGAAAGCAUUUAUCCUUGCCUAAAACGAAACUUGAGCUUCCGAAAUCAAUAGUGGAAUUUUGAUUAUCUGAAACGUUUUGGUUUAAUUAUUUUUUUCAUGUAAGGUCACGGUCAAACCUUGAACUUCACAUGAGCCGGGACGUAAAGCAAAGGAGAAAACUCUAUAGCUUUUUCUUAUUUGCGUUAGGUUCGGCUUGUGAGAAGUUCGACGUUCAAAGACCAUGGCCUAAGUAAAACUAGCUCAGUACGCUCCCCACUGGAACGCGAUGCCUUACACCCAGUGGUAAGGGCGGGAAAAGCUGCACCAGCGGUUUUAGUUUGCCUUCUAAUUGGCUAAAAUAUAAUAUCUCGACCCUGAUUGGUUAGGAGAUUUUCUUUAACCAGCUGUAAAGCUAAACAAACAGUUAAGCUACCACAAAAUUAUUUUCGAAAAUCAAGGGAAUAGUCUAUACAAACCAGGUUUUACAAUUCGUUUCGGCGUAAUCUUUCUAUAAUUUGUGAUUCGUGCUACUUUGAGGCUUCUAAAGGUUUUUAUUCCCGGCGAAAGAAAGGUUUAUUUUGACAUGUUCACUAAAUGGACAGCCUUUUUCGUUCUCAACACUUGUGACAUCAGUGACGAUUGGGCAACUAAACUUUCGCUCAUUAUUCAUCUAUGGAGAACACUUUUUUUUGCCCACGACACAACAAAACAAAGUGGUGCAACCGCUCGCCAUUUCGUGGUAAUUCCCAAGCGUGAAAAGAGAGAUAAAAACUGGCUGACAAGCAAAAAUUACCUUUUUUUUCGCAAACCUUUUUUCUAAGUUCGCGCCCGAUAACGUGGUACAUGUUGUUGUGUGUUCCUUUUUCGUGUCAUGGCCUACAGAGCACGUCUUUGACAUUGUACGAAAUCGUCACUACGUCACGUUGUAUUAUAUUUCAAUCUAUGUGCCCUAUCUAGUUAUAACAGCACAACCUCGUUCCUAGAACGAGGGGAGAGGAUUUUGGAUACGAAGUUGAUGAGUGCAAAUCGUAUUGUGUGUGUGUGUUUUUUAUUUCUUUUCAAUCUUUCGAUGUAAUUUAUUUUGACCUUUAAACGUAAGAGCGAUUAAGAGUUGUGUGUUAAGUUUCCUUUCGAUUGCUCAGUUAAGCCUGGUUUUCACUAGCGACGCAAGCACAAGCACAAGC